CAGAAAGCAGAUAUAGUCAAAGCCGGAAGUCGUCAUCGCUGGCCGAGGAGUAUUCCCGCGAAGAUUGAGGCGUCUCUUCGUUACUCCCGUCAUCAUGAGUAAGAGGAAGGCCAGAGAUGCUCAUCUGCCUAUAGGGGAAUGCAUCACACAGGUUCAGCAGAUUUUAAGGGAGCGGUUUUGUGAGAGGCUGCUCCCUGACAGACCAGAGGGAGUAGAAGCUCAGUACAAACACCUCCUGGAGCUGCUGAGGCGGACGGCGAUCCACGGGGAGAGUAACUCUGUGCUAAUCGUGGGUCCCAGAGGAGCAGGCAAAACAAUGCUGCUGCAGUGCGUGCUGAGAGACCUGCAGAAGGAGGAGAAGGUGCAGAAGAACCUUCUUCAGGUUCACCUCAGUGGUCUCCUGCAGACUGAUGACAGAACAGCGCUGAAAGAAAUAACCAGACAACUCCACCUGGAAAACGUUGUUGGAGACAAAGUGUUUGGAAGCUUUGCUGAAAAUCUGGCUUUCCUCCUGGAGGCAUUAAAAAAAGGCAAUCGCAGCAGUAGCUGCCCAGUGUUGUUUGUCCUGGAUGAGUUUGACUUAUUCGCCCACCACAAGAACCAGACUCUGCUCUACAACCUGUUUGACGUCUCCCAGUCCGCCCAGGCUCCGAUCGCUGUGGUCGGCGUCACCUGCAGACUGGAUGUUCUGGAGCUGCUGGAGAAGCGGGUAAAGUCGCGGUUUUCCCACCGUCAGAUCCACCUGCUGAGCAGCCUCAACUUCACCCAGUACCUGGAACGGGUUUGGACGCAACUCAGCCUGCUGGACAGUUUUCCUGACAAGAAGUUCGCUCAGGAGUGGAACGCUGGUGUAAAGACUCUGUGUGAGGACAAAUCUGUGGAGGAAGUUCUGCAGAGACACUUCAACUCCAGCAAAGACUUUCGCUCUCUGCACAUGCUGCUGAUGUUGUGCCUGAGUCGCGUCUCUGUCGCCAAACCUACCAUCAAACCAGCCGACCUGCUCGAGGCCAGCCGGAUGUGUUUUGCUGACGCCACGGCUAACAUGCUCCAUGGUUUGUCCAUCUUGGAGCUGUGCCUGGUCAUCGCCAUUAAGCACCUCAAUGAUGUGUAUGAAGGAGAGCCAUUUAACCUUCAGAUGGUCCAUAAUGAGUUUAAGAAGUUCCUGCAUAGGAAGUCCAACUCCAUGUACAACUUUGAGCAGCCUGUUGUCAUGAAGGCGUUCGAGCACCUGCAGCAGCUGGAGCUGAUCCGGCCUGUCGAUGGUUCCUCGGCCAAAGUCCAGAGGGAGUACCAGCUCAUGAGGCUCACGCUGGACCACAGCCAGAUCAUGGAUGCCCUGCAGAAGUACCCACAGUGCCCCACUGACGUCAAGCAGUGGGCCAUGUCGGCAUUUGGGUAGAGCUUCAGAACAUUUAGAAUUCAGAGUCUGUGAAGCUUGUUUUGACUUGGACUGAAGGGCAUAAGGUUUGUGCUGCCGCCCACUCUAAAUGAUCAGAAAAUAAAAGGAAAUGAAUAGUUUGGCAUUGGUGCGAUUGUUUCACCCUCUAAGCAGUUAGAGGUUUAUGCUGAAGAUAGACACCCCCCCCCCCAAAUCUUAAUACAAAAACUCAGCUUCAUGUGCUUGUGUCAUUUGAUCAGUAGUUGGACUUAGCAAGUGUCAUCAAGCGUCCAGCUUUCAUCAUUUUCAGGUCGUGAGCAUCAGGCUGCUGAAUACUGCUAUCUAGUGGUGAUUUUGUGCAGUUGACAAUAACCUGGAUGAAAGUUGCAGUUUUGAUUUCUUGGACAAAAAUAUGUGUAAUUGUGCCAAAAGUCUGUUUUUUGUUGUUGUUCUUUUUAAACACGCUGUAGCAUCAGUGAGGCAUGUGUCCCUCCACAGUUCACAAGAAUCGCUGCUCCCACGAUGGUUUUACAGUUUAUGCACAAUGAUCAGCUGAUUGGUCUGCAUGGCCGUGAGCUGAAUGAAGAUUCACCUUAGUGGCAAUAAAAAGAACUCAUUUAA